AUGGCCGCAUCCAUCCCAGAGAUUGACAACAACAAAACUGCUUCCACCAUUUGCCUGGUCGUUGAAGCCGCUUGCACCGUUGUCUUCAUUGUCGACUAUGUGGUCCGACUUUUGGCUCGGCCCAAGAGCGUCUUUAACUUCUUCGGCAUUAUCGACCUCAUCGGAUGUUUGCCUGGCAUCUUCGUCUUCUACAACUGGCUCUCACGAGGCCAUCCUCACAGUGACAAGGAGUCCAUUGCGGAAUGCUUCAGUAUGCUGCGCGCUGUGCGGAUUCUCAACUUCCACGUCUUUCAGACGGAAGUCCAAAUAUUAGGCCGUGUGCUGCAAGAUGCAAGCCGGAAGCUAGCUGUGCCCGCAUACUUGGCACUGAACGUCUGGAUUACAACGUCAGCCCUGUUCAUGUGGUUGGAGAACGAGUGGCAGAAUGAAGCCACAGAGUGCGAAGAAAAGCACGCCAAAGAGCAGUGCGGUGGUCCCGGUACCUUCGAGGACAUGCCAGACGUGCCAUCCGCGAUGUAUUGGUGCUCUAUCUUCCUGACCGGCGAGUGGGCGAAUGUGGAUUUCACCUACGCCGGCUCGCGGCUAUGCAUCUUCUACGUAGUCUUCGGCAUUGCUAUUUUCUCCAUUCCCGUCGGGAUCCUUGUCGAAGCGGUGAAAGGCAGCCGAAAUUAUCGUGUGCAGUUCGGGGUUUGGCGUCAAUUUAUAUACAGCAUGUCGCCAGCCACUUCCUACGAAACUGUUGGUGAGUGCGGUCCUUCUUAG